GCGAAGCAGCCAUGAGCCAGACCAGUGGUGGAGACACCGGGCCAGCGCCAGCUCCAGCGGCCCUCGGACCGGGUGAGCUCCCCUUCCUAUUGCCCUCUCCCACACCUCCAGGGACGGCUUUUCCACAGUCAAACGCGCUGGUGUGGCCCCCGGAGAAUGUGGUCUUGAGCAUGGUCAUGAGUCGUGUCUUUUUGCACACAGUAGAAAAACAAUAAACAAAUCUAGAAUAAAAAUACCAUUGCCCGAAGUGAAUCUCCUUCAAGCUAAAAUAAACAGCCCAAUAAAUGGCUUGCUUGAAGUACAUGAAAACAAUUAGAAUGGGUUGGUGGUGGUUUAGUACAAGAGGCUUCACCUAUAGGGCUUUCUCAAAGGGCUUUCAGGUUGGUUCACCUACUGUUUUCUUUGGCACACCAAAGCAUUGAGCCUCCAUGCUCUCACCUCAAGCUUGUUUGUUUACACUAUAGUUAUGCUGGCAGGUCAAAUAGACAUCUAGAGGUAUUGUUUUUAACCGGAGUGUGGCUAUUUGUGUUGGGUUCAAAGAAAAGAAAACAAAAAAAAGUCAAUGGUUCAUUUUAGUUAUUUUCUUCAUGUUAUAAAAGCAAAAACAAAAACAAACAUCUUUGUGCAUGAAUGUAGAUUUAAAUCAUUGUCCUCACUAGCACUACUAAAGGUGUGUAUUAAAACUGAAAGAUAGGAUCCUGUUAGAAUCAACGCACUAGCAAUGUGCUCUACAAUGAAACAUGAGUUUUGGAUCCAUAUCAAAUCAAGAUUUAAAACCAGUUAUAAAGCUAGCAAUUUCACUCACGUGAACAGGGUCUGACUCUAUCACAGACUCGCAUAGCUUUAGUUCAGAAGUUACGUUUUAUUUGCAAUUCUUGCAAAGUAUUGUGCAAUGUUGGACAAUUCUUGUAAGGUUUGUAAUUUCUCCACAUAUCCCCUAAUUGCCAUACUUUACUUAAAUGUGAAGUGUGUAGGAUUUAGUUGCAUCUAGAAGUGAGGUUGCUGAUUAAAAAAGGGGGAUGGCAAUUCAAGGACCAACUCUUGGAUCAAACCAACUUAUCUUCACUAUUUUAGACUAUUAACCGUGCCCUGGUACAUAACCAUGAGGGACAUACCGGUUGUUUUGAGAUGAAGGCAGCGGAUUCAUCCGGUUUCACUUGGAAGAGUAAUUGUUUCAACAAAAUGAAAGUAAAAAAAUUUGAAUUCAACAGUCAAGUCCUACCUUCCAUCCACUAAUUAUAACCUUUACGUUUCAGCCACUGGUUCCUGUGAGCUCUGUUAUUUAAGCAAUAUCACACGAGAGGGAGGGCUGUUUAAGAUAACCGCAAUCCCUCUCAUGUGAUAUUGUGUUCAUACAACAGUUCAACAUGUGCCAUGUAUUAGUUAUCAAGAAUACAACUAUCAUUUGUUUGUCUAUUUUACCUUUUAUUCGGCUCUGCCAACACAAAUGGUUCCACAACUGGACUGGAACUGGAAUGUUGCCAAGUAACACAUAAACAAUUUCCAGCACAAUAACUUUAUACUUUGUGAUGGUAUAUAUGUUACUGCAGGACAGCUACUUUUUCUAUCAUGUACAUUUAUCUGUAUAAAUUAUUGUGCAACCAGGGAAACAGAGUCCUUUGACAAUUCCGAUGAUUUCACAGCUUCUGAUCAAAAAUGUAAUUAGCGGUUGUAACAAACAAAACUCUGUAUAGCGGAAUGAUGCAUGUGUAGUUAAAAGUCCCUGUGCUGCUAUUUUCCAUAUCAGGACUCAUGGUAUGCCUCUUGUCGAAUCAAAUUAGGCAAGGCAAGGCAACUUAUAUAUAGCACUUUUCAUACACAAGGCAUACUCAAAGUGCUUCACAUAUAAACAUUGUCAUACAAUAAAAAUAAUAUAAUAGAUAUGUAAAAGAAAACAUUUGCAAAAAUUUAGUAAAAUAGAUCAGCAUUUUAUAGUGCAAUGUAUUUAAGAUCAGAUCAACAGUGUCUCUGGUACCAACGUCGCGACUCCAACUCGACCUAAAGGAACCUGGACCUUUCUCUGGGAUUCCAACCCGGAUUCUACUUUGAUUACUUACUUUCAACUGCUAUUUAAUACAACGUUUGUACUGACAGUUAGUUUUGGCCAUGUUAUUUUAUCAUCAUAACUGGACUUCCUAUUUUGUGCUCUUAGAAGUGGCUUUGACAUCAAUGUUUUCCCUUGAUAUGGAACAAUAUGUUCUUAGUGUGCAGUAAAAAGCAGAAGAGAGCUUAGAGGUGAUUAUGAAACUAAACAACCAAAAAGAUGUCCCCUCCCUCUCUGCUCUCUACCUUCCCACAAUUUUCACAAAAAAUGUACACCAAUUUUUGAAAGUCAAGAAGUUACCCCCCAACCAAUCAGGGAAGAGAUGUCCGAGAGGUCAGAAAUGUGCUGGUAGCUGUCUGAAAUCUAAAUUGGCUCAACCAGUGGUCAUUCGGAGUAGCUGAGGGAAUGCUAUGUUAUUUCAAAUUUAACUCAGAUAAUAGCUCUUAAAUCCUACCUACCUACAUAACUUUUAUAGUUAUUGAAAUGAUGCCAACAAUUGUAAUAGAUAUAUCAAAUGGAAAAUAAUAAAAAAAUUAAUAUUAAUAUAUUAAUAUAAUAUUGAAGGACUUCAGCAGGAACUUCACGUCUUCAACGUCAAACAAAUGAACAUUAUGAAUUUGGAGCAGUUGUUUAUCCAUGCAAUGCAAAAUAUGGUUUCACUGAAAUAUAAUACAUUUCAAAGUUGACAUAUUCACAGGUACAUUUGAUUGGAUUGUUAACUUAAUUAUAACUUGUAUUUUCUUUCUUCAAACUUUUUUAAUACCCUUUUUCAUUGUGCUAUCCAUUUCUUUGUUAAUUUGCAUGUUAGCAAAGACACCUCUGGCUAUUUCCUCAUGUAAUCACUCGUUUAAUCUGCAGCUUUCUGUGUCACCUGGCCUGAAUAAAUUCAGCUACGUCAAACGGAUAUGCAGUCAGCAGCAGUCUUAACAUUCCAGUGCCUGAUAGUAAACCCCAGACCUGUCAUGCCACUUGACAACUUAAUGACAACUAACAGGAUCAUUUAUAAAAUAAUGUGUCAGCAUGCUAAAAGAAACGCAACACAUACAAAAUAAAAAUGAAAUACUACAUGUUCAGCUUUUAUUGUUCAUUCGCUGUCUCAUUUUUAUUCCAGGUAGUUCCCUCUGAAGCAGGGAGUGUCUGCAUAUAAAAUGGUCUGCAGUUCUCUGCUUCAUAGAUGCUUCCACCGUCUCCUCCUCUAUGAGCGUGGGAGGAGCCCCCUGCAGUGCUUUUCCUGACACUUCCAGCUCCACCAUGCAUUUCACCGGCACCCUGGCCCCUGACAAGGCUGCAGGCCUCAACAGCGCCACCGCUGAGCCAGAAGACUCUAGAGUGGGGCCCCCAGAUAUCCUGGGUGCCGAGGCUGGGAAUGGUAACAGUGGGAGUGCUGGGAACUGCAGAGCUGGCUCGGAGCAAGGAGGAGGAGGAGGAGGAGGAGGAGGGAGAGGAAGCUCCUCACAGGAGCAGCAACAUCAGAUGACCCCUUCCAAGCGCCGCACUGUGCUCAUCAUCCCCCCGCCGCCUGAGGACCUGUUUGACAACAGCUGUAUGUCCUUGCAGACCGAGGCUACCCUCGACUCGGAGCAAAGCAACAGCAUCUGGACGGAGGACUCUGUUUCCAAUUUCAGCAACCUCAGCUCUAGCUCGUACAACGACAACACAGAGGUGCCCCGGAAGUCCCGGAAACGCACCCCUCGCCAGCGGCCGGGGCCUAAAAGCCUUUCCCUGGACAGUGGCAGUAAGGACAUGUUUGACGCAGACAGCGCUAAAGGCCCACACUUUGUCCUCUCCCAGCUAGGCUCCGACAGCAAGCCUUGCCCCAUAGGAAGUGCUGCAGAUGGACCGUCAACAACUAUCCAGAAGGGCAGGAUUUUGUCGAUGCAGUACCCAUCGAAGAGGGAGGGGAAGGAGCUGAAGAUCAUUGUGCAGCCUGAGACACAACACCGGGCCCGCUACUUGACCGAGGGCAGCAGGGGUUCGGUCAAAGACCGCACCCAGCAAGGCUUCCCCACCGUAAAGCUGGAGGGCGUGAACGAGCCAGUACUGCUGCAAGUAUUUGUGGCUAAUGACACUGGGCGGGUGAGACCCCAUGGCUUCUACCAGGCCUGCAGAGUCACUGGACGCAACACCACAGCUUGCAAGGAGCUGGACAUUGAGGGCACCACCGUGAUUGAGGUUCCUCUCGACCCCAGCACCAGCAUGACAAUAGCGGUGGACUGCGUGGGCAUCCUGAAGCUCCGUAACGCUGACGUCGAGGCCCGCAUCGGCGUCGCCGGCUCCAAGAAGAAGAGCACCCGGGCUCGGCUGGUGUUCCGGGUCAACGUCCCAGGUCCGGAUGGGUCGCUCCUCACCUUGCAGACCCCCUCGUCCCCCAUCCUCUGCACCCAACCUGCAGGGCUGCCUGAGAUCCUGAAGAAGUCACUCCACAGCUGUUCAGUGAGGGGAGGGGCGGAGGUCUUCAUCAUCGGCAAGAACUUUCUUAAGGACACCAAAGUCAUUUUUCAAGAAAAUAUAUCCGAUGAGAACUCCUGGAAGGAGGAGGCUGAGAUUGACAUGGAGCUUUUUCACCAGAAUCACUUGAUAGUGAAAGUUCCUCCAUACCAGAACCAGGACACGUCCUCCUCAGUGUGCGUGGGUAUCUAUGUGCUGACUAACGCUGGACGAUCCAACGACGUGCAGCCGUUCACCUACACCCCAGACCCUGCCAAAAAGGAUGUUUCCGUCAAAAAUGAGCGCUCCUCUCCAGUGAAGCCUUGCCCCUAUGAAGGAAAAGUUGAAGCUUUAGAUCCCAGUUCUUUGAUGCUGCCCCAUGUGAAGAGAGAAGACAUCACGCCGAUGGAUGUGUCGAGCAACCUCACUCAUACCAGAGUGUUUAAGCCGCCCACGGACAUGAUGUGUCAAGCCAGGCAGAGCGCAGACAUCCCGCCCUGCCGCCUCACCAACAAGGUGUUCCCCGUCCUGCCUCAGACCGUGGCCGGAGACGGGGACAAUGUGGCGCCUGCGGCGGCCGUCCUGCAGAGCCAAGACCUCUCCAACGCUAGCGGCUUCGCUGUGCCCGCGGAGUCUCUGCUCCAGGCGCCGGGGGCGCCCCAGCCUUUCCGCAUGGAGCCCAGAGAGAGGCGCUGCCCCAGCCCCGGGCCGGUGGGCCGACUGCGUAGGGAACCGGCUUCCCAACAGCAGCACCGACUGCCCCUCUUGCCCCUGGAGGAGAUCGAACAGGCUGUGAGGCAGCUUCAGGCCACCGGGUUCUAUAGGCACCCGCUGCAGUCUGACAACGCGAUGGCCGAACAGCAGCAAUGUCAACAACACAUUCAGCAGCAACAACAACAACAACAACAAAUCCAAAAGCAACAUAUUCAUCAGCAGCAGCAGAUCCAAACACAACACAUUCAACAGCAGCAGCAGCAGCAGCAACAACAACUGCAGCAACUGUAUCAGUCACAAAUCCCCAUGGAGUGUACCAUGUUUCAUGGCACCUCGAGGGGGGACAACGCUGAACAGCAGGGCUCCCCGCAGGGGUCGGUCCCAAACCGUGGAUCCCUGUUCCAGCAGGCUCAGCAGCAGACAAGUGAGCAGCUCCUCCCUCUUCAAACCAGCUUCCUGCAGCAGACCCCCUCGCUCGCCUCCCCGCCGCGGUUCCACAGACAAAGCUCCAUGGCGGAGGCCCGCGAGCCGCCGGCGGCGGUGUUUCACGCUCAGAAGGCCUCUUGCGCGCAGGAACACCUGCAGGCGACGCUCUUCCCGAAUAACCUGACCGCGCUGAGCGGCAGCAGUCUGGCUCCGGAGCAGCAGCAGCAGCAGCAGCAGCAGCAGCAGCAGCAGCAGCAGCAGCCCGCCCCCUCCUUCCUGCCCCAGACGUCCUUACCAUCGCAGCCCCAGCAGCAGCAGCAGAUGGCUUUCCUCAACGCGUUGCAGACCACGGUCCCAGAGCCCCAGCCCGUGUUCCAGGCUCAGACCCAGCUCGCCCCCAUUCAGCGGGGGACCCCUAUGGAGCAGCAGCAGGCAGCCCAGCCCCAGACGCAAUCUCCCCAGCAGACCUUCCAGAAUAUACCCCCGCAUCCCGUCGCGAGCACCCUCUCCCCGGGCCAGCAGCAGGCCGGGCUGCUCUUCCACACCAACCCCAACCUGUCCAGCCAGGACCAGCCCUCCAGCCUCCUGUUCAGCGGCCAGGGCCCGAUGCCUCCCUUGAGCAGCAGCAGCCUCUCUACCCAGCAACCUCCGAACCCCUCGCUGCUCUUCUCUCAGGCCAGCAUGGUGCCGGUCGGCCAGCAGGACCGCUCAGAGCCGAUGGCCCUGGGAAACCCAAGCCAGCAGCGGCAGCAGGUCCUAUUCCCCCAGCAGCCGCCGCCGCCGCCGCAGCAGCAGCCCAUGCAGCAGCCCAUGCAGCAGCCCAUGCAGCAGCCCAUGCAGCUGGGUGGCAGCUCUCAGAGCACCCAACAGCCGCCCGUCUCCAUCUUCAUCCCACAGGCCAACAUGGCCGCCUUACAAGGGGGCAUGGCUGCUCAGGAGCUUCCUCCGGCCACCAUCUUCUCCUCCCAGAGCGGAGCCGCAGGCCUCCAGGCCACCAGCUCGUCCCCCCCCGUGAAGCAGCCAGGCUCCCUGUUCCAGGCGGCGGUGGGCGGCGGGGCCCGGGGCCAGCCCAGUCACCCUCGGCAGCCCCCCGGCCUCUUCCUCUUCGGAAUGGAAAAUGAGUGCAGCCAGAUGAUGAAUGCCCCCGGGACCUCCCUGUCGGAUCACAUCAUAGCCAUCAGUCAGUCUGGCCAGAACCAGAGGGAGAGCGAGGCACACAUCCAGUCCCUUUUCAUUCAGUCUUUGUCCGAAUCUGGGACGAUCCAGAAUACCAUGGCCUCGUCGCAGAACAUGGAGAAAAUGGAGGAUCUGUUGAUCAGCUUGCAGCAGGAGCCAGGGAACAACUUAACACGCUCCUACUAACACACAGGUUCUGUGAGGUAAAAGCUGUGAAACGUGAACUGGAUGAUGAGCAUUUGUAUUUGUUGGAGCAUUCUUUCGAAGGAGGAUCCUCAUAAUCAUACUCGUGAGCAGCAAGGGGCGCCAUAGGCUAUGUGUGACACUAGACCCAGGUCUAUUGCUCGGCUGCGCCUUUUUAUUUUUUCAGUCUCCAUUCUUCAGCUGCCAUUCUUCAAAUAUCUAACAUUCACAGUUCCUCCCUGCAGGACAUCAGGACACCGAUACCUGCUAACACGUUCUAGCAUCUACACACAUCCAAAAUACUUUUAUUACCGAUGAGAAGAUUGUGUUUAUUAUACAUGAAUCUACAUUUGCAUUGACGAUUACAAAACUGAGGUGAAAAUAUGUAAACGUUGUAGGCAUAAUAAGCACAUCAUGGUGCUCUUUGCAAUGGCAGUGACUCUACUAUUACUGUAUUUUAUUUACAUUUGACUGCAUUUAUACUGCAUUCGAAAAAUGUAGGUUGAGAAAAAAUUGUAUUAAUAGGAAACAAAGCUAUUAUUUUUACCUAAACCUGCACUAUGUACGUUUUUCCCAUUAGCAGCCUGUAGUGGCUGAAAUUGACGCUACAAUUAUAGCUUUAUAUUUUUCAGACAACCAUCCCUUUUAGAUUUAGCAAAAUAUGACCUGAAUAGAGAAAGUAUUACAGAGGAAAAUUACUGAGAUGGAUCACUAUUUUGGAGAAAAAGUUUAUUUCAGUAAAUUGUUGCUGUAGAAAGGAAAAAAAAGUCUACGUAUAGUAUAUAGAUUUGAAAUACACCUUUUUACAGAUCUAUUAUUCUACUGAAUGCAUUUCUCUCACUGCAUAAGCAUCUACUGCUUUGAUGAUCGUUCUCAUAGUUAUUAAAAUAAUUAAUUGGAUUCAAGCCAAAGUGCAGUUUUACAGCGAGAUUUUAAUCCAACUAUUACUACUACUAUUACUAUCAUUUCAACCCCAAUAUUUAAAUAUAAUAUAUAUUUAUUAUAUUUAUAUAUAUAGCCUAUAUAAUUAUAUAUAUAACUAUUUUUUAUGGGAAAGCCUUUUUAGAAAUAAUCUAAAUUAACAUAUAUCAGAGGUGACAAUGUCAUCUGGGUCAAUUUAUAGCAAAAAGUUUAAACUAACUAUAUCUCUAUAGAUGUAAAUGUAUUUAAAAUGAUACUGUACGUGUGGUUAUUGUACGUUAAUAGUGAAAUAUCAAAGUUAUAUCACAUUGUUGAAUGUGUUUGUGUUGCAUGAUACUGCGUCAGGAACGCAUCAAAUUGGAAUAGUAUUCUAUAUUUUAGAAAUAUUAUACUGGAUUUGUUUCGAUAAAAUUAAUUAAGAUUGUUUGGUUAGAUUUACCUUUUUAAACAGUUUUUAUGUUCUGGUCAAAUAUGCCCACCACAAAUAUUGUUUUUAAAAUCUUGUAUUAUACUUCAUGAUUCCGAGUAGGCCUUGAUAAGAAAAAGUUGACAGUACCUUUGUUUUGAUUAAGGCCAGUUUUAUGGCUUGCAUGUUUGUUUAUUUGUUCUUGUUGUAUUCUAUUUUAUUUUAAGGAUUCUCUUUUUUUGUCUGGACUGUGUAAACAAAAUGGCUAAGAUUCUCAUUGCGAGAUAUCCAUCUGCUAACUGUAAUUGUUUAUUAGCGCAUUGUGGGAUGGGAACCAUCUUUUUGUGUUUCCUACAGGCCAUGUAAUGCAUGUGCUGUGACUGUUCUCUGAGUUCAACUGAUCUCUGAGGAUGGUUCCACUCUUUCAGUCCAUGUACUGUUUUUGCUGUAACAAGGAACUGAUCUGUGAUGAUGGUUCAAGAAUGUAUCAUUGUAAUGGUCUACAUUUCUAUAAGUACUGUAUGUAGGAAAAAGGUUAAACUCAUUGAAUUGUAUCGACUCUUAAAAGUGACCUUGUAAUAAAGAGGAUGCAAUAUCUAUUUUGUAAUGUGACCGGUUAGGUAUGGUUUGACCACAUUGUCUAUUUUGACCUCUAUUUCUUGAGCUCUCCUUUUGGGUGUGUAAUGGGACCAUCGGUUUUACACAUGUGACAUUCAGCUAUUAUUUUGCUGUGUAAUAUCUAUUCUGUGUUACACAAUAAUAUUUAUGUGUAAUUAAAUUGACACCAGCAAUGUGAUUUAUAUGGCAUCUGUCAAAACUCUUAAAAGUCGGGUUCACACCUUCUUAAAAAUCGUGUGUACACUGAGAUUUUUCUUCAUUUACUUCAUAAAACGACCAGACUGACUAAUUUUCAAAUGAUUGGAAAGGUUUUAUUAAUCAACCUCUCGUUCUUUGAGAGUUCCAAUCAUAAUUUUUGGAAUUUUUGGAAAACAGAAUGUUUUGCAUAAUCUUACAUACAAUCUCACAUAGUAGUAUCCAUAUCCCUACAGACAAUGUGACAUUUAACAUAAUACUAAAUCCACAAUUUAACCUAAAUUUACAACAAAAAAUGAAACAUGGGGCCUUACAUUACAUUUACAUUUAGGGCAUUUAGCAGACGCUUUUAUCCAAAGCGACUUACAAUAAGUACAUUUGUCAUAGUGAAACAAUAUAUCGCUGUCAGUACAGUAAAGAUGUUCAUAGAGCCAAGUGCAAGUACUAACAAUCGCAAGGCUAACCCAUUCCCUGUGUACAGCAAUGGUAGCAGCUACUGCAGAUGUUACACAAUUAAGUAGUAUGAAUAAGUGCAAUGCAGAUAAAGUGAGUACAAUAAGUGCGUACAUUAAGUGUCAGGACGUACAACAUAUAAUGGUGCCUGGAAGGGGCUGGGUAGCUAUGCAGAGUCGCACUGAACUCUGAACAGGUGAGUUUUGAGUCUUUUGCAAGCUGGUGAGCGACUCUGCGAUCCUGACAUCGGCAGGGAGCCAGUACCAUAAUCUUGAAUCUGAUGCAAGGUACUACAGGGAGCCAUUGGAGGUCCCGGAAGAGGGGGGUCACAUGGGAGAACUUCGGUAGGUUGUACACGAGGCGCGCUGCCGCAUUCUGGAUGUGCUGCAAAGGUUUAAUCGCAGAGGCAGGGAGUCCAGCCAGGAGCGAGUUGCAGUAGUCGA